AUGUACUGUACAUAUCGAUACUAUCUAUUCGACGACGACAGCAUGGCUCUCCAUCACAACCCAAAGAAGAGGAAAUCAUCAACAAUAUCAACAUCAAUAAACACAACAGCAGCAACAUCAAUCCAACAACCCCCUAGCGAUAGUCCCCACUUGCAUUUCAACUACCCCUCCAAGAAACCGACGAAACGACACCCCCACCCCCACCAUCAUCAUCACCACCACCACAUCAACCCCUCCAACUCCUCCAAGCCCAGCACCAUUGACGUAAACAUCAACACAGCCUCCUCCUCCUCCUCCUCCUCCCUCCACCCCCCCAACUUGCAAACCAUAACCCAGAGCAAGAACGACUACGACCUAGCCUUCUACCACCCCCACGGAGAAGCGCGAGGCCCGGCGGCGACGGAGCGGCAGAACAACAAGUCGAUUGCGAUGGGCAGGGACAGUGGAAAAACGGAGUUGGAUUACUUCGACCUUAAUAGGAACACCUCCAAUAACGCAGCAGCCGCGAGAAUCAGAAUCUGCCCCAGGCUGGAAGAGGAGGGCGAGGCGCAAGAGGAGGAGGAGGAGGAGGAGGAGGAGGAGGAGGAGGAGGAGGAGGAGGAGGAGGUGGAAGCGGAAGAGGAGCCUGCCUACCCGGCCAAGAACACGCUUCGGGCCGCGACGACGCAGGACAAGCCCCGGGAGGGCGGCGCCCAGCCACAUCUACCCACGCCGCCGUCCAAGAUGGAACUCCUCUGCGCGCGCGUCACCGACGGGCAGGGUACCGACAAUUGGGGGCAACUGAUGGAGGAGUGGAUCGCGGCCCUGUUCGUCUUGCAUCCGAACUGUGUGUGA